GUUGACUGAGAACGCUUGUAAUAGUUAAAAUGCCAUAUCCUUCGUGAAGUCAACUGUCUCAUUUAAUAAACAUUUAUUGAUAUUACGCCAGGUUAUUAGAAAGGAAGGCCUACCUUCAUGGAGCUUCCAGUUAAGCUUCCACUUAACGCUAGGAUACAAGUUCCAAAAAACGCGGUGAUGAACAAAGUGUUAUUUGAGGAAAGAGUAAGAAACUUACAAAGAGCUUUCAUGUUCUUUGUUGUUUUACAGAUAAAGAAAUUGAGGCUCAGGAAAGAUAAGUGCCUCCUCCUCAAACACAGUGUUUCCUGAAUACCAAGACAAAUCUUUUGAUGCCAAAUCCAGUGCCUUCUAAGAAAAUAUAGCAUAUAUUAUUUAUUUUCAGGGGCAAGGGUCCCCGGAUUAUGUUAGAAAUAAAUAACCAUUGCUGUUUGGGCAGAGGAGGGGAGGUAGGUAGCGAUUUUGGUAUGAAUGUGGGGUGUGUUUUAAAGGACCUGGCUAACUGGAGAACUUAAAUAGUUCCUGUCAUUUAAAAGCAACGUAAGUUAUGAUCAUUUAAAAUUUUCACUCACUUACAUCAGGUAAAUUAAUUAUCAACAACAGUUGGGCCGGUGGUGCAUCUAAGAGGCUUGACCGGUUUUACAUAGCAGUAAAACAGGGCAUUUCUACCUCUCCACCCCGGCCACCUUUAAGUCAUUGCCCUUUAUAGCAGGAGAGCAGCAGCAUAUUCAUUUUUAGACAGUUCAGAGAUUAAAUGGAUUUACAUUUUGCAGUGGGGCAGAGAGGGGGAGGAGACAAUUCUGCAUACCUUAAAACAGGGGUUCCCAACCCCUGGACCACAGACUGGUACUGGUCCUUGGCCUGUUAGAAAGACAGUCACACAGCAGAAGGCAAGGGGCAGACAAGCAAGCAUCACCUCCUGAGCUCCACCCCCUGUGAAAUCAGCAGCAGCAUUAGAUUCUCAUAGGAGAUAGAACCCUAAUGUGAACUGAGCAUGCGAGGGAUCUAGGUUACCUGAUCCUUAUGAAAAUAUAAUGCCUGAUGAACUGAGGUGGAACAGUUUCAUAUCAAAACCACCCCACUCCCCACCCGUCUAUAGAAAAAUUGUUUUUUUCUUCCACAAAACUGGUCCUUCGUGCCAAGAAGGUUGAGGACCACUGAUAUACAUUAUAAAUAGUCGGAUUUCAGGAAACUCUUAAGUACUGAAGCAGUAUUACUGAUGUCAGUUCAAGGACCUGUGACUGGUGUUGAGCCAUGAUGAAGUUUUCACUGCUUUUUUCUUAAAGAUGAGGUUUCACCAUGUUGUCCAGGCUGGUCUCCAACUCCUGGACUCAACUCAGCUGCCCACCCCAGCCUCCCAAAGUGCUGGGAUGACAAGCAUGAGCCACCACAUCUGGCCAGCCUUUUUUUAAGGAAGGAAUUAUUUGAGCUCUUCAAGGGCACAAGAAAAAGAAGCAAGAGCUGGGCGCGGUGGCUCAAACCUGUAAUCCCCGCACUUUGGGAGGCCGAGGCGGGUGGAUCACAAGGUCAAGAGAUCGAGACCAUCCUGGUCAACAUGGUGAAACCCUGUCUCUACUAAAAAUACAAAAAAUUAACUGGGCACGGUGGCGCGUGCCUGUAAUCCCAGUUACUCAGGAGGCUGAGGCAGGAGAAUUGCCUGAACCCAGGAGGUGGAGGUUGCGGUGAGCCAAGAUUGCGCCAUUGCACUCCAGCCUGGGUAACAAGAGCGAAACUCCGUCUCAAAAAAAAAAAAAAAAGAAAAGAAAAAGAAGCAAGAAAUUAUCCUGAAAGCAAAUGAACCAGAGAUCAUACAUCUGAAAACUUAAAAAAAAAAAAUAGCUCUGAAUUAAAGCCUAUACUUUUUAGAAACUUUAAAGAAGCCGUACAUUGGAAUGGGUUUACAGUCCUUGUAAUGCAAGCAAAAUACGCGAAGGAAAAACAGUUCUUUGUAUCCCUGCUUAUUGCACUUGAGACUUUGCAGAUGGUUUUGUUUCCCUAGAAAAUUUGUGAUGUAAAUGAAAAAACACAUGUUUUCCUAGACUGAUUGGUUACAAACAUGUUUCGUCUAAGAGCUGUUUGUCCAUUCUCCUGGAGAGUGUUUCAUUCUCGACCCAUCGGUUGUGAACCACUAAUUAUUCAGAUGAAUAAGUGUACAGAUGAGGAGCAAAUAUUUGAUUUUAUUGAAAGAAACAAAGCCAUACUUUCAGAACAGCAAGUGGGAUGUGCAUUUAAUAUGCUUUGGAAGCUUCAAAAGCAGAAGACCAGCUUGGUAAAAAAUGUGGAGUAUGUCAGAGACCAUCCUCAAUUUCUUACUCUUCAUAAUUUAGCUAUGAAUAAAUACAAAUUAAUGAAUGACGAUACCCUGGUGAAUGUGUUAUACAUCACACAACAGUUUGUUGGUGAGGACUUCGACCCGUUAGUUGAAGCACUAGUUACAGAAUCAUGGAGAAGGCUAGAAAGGUUUGAUAUUAAACUGCUAUCAGAAUUUUCCUCUUGCCUAGCAGAGCAGCAUUUAUAUUUUAGUCCAUUAAUGGGAAAAAUAGCUGAUAUUGUUCAUAGGAACCUGGAAACCACACAGGACUUAAGUUCCUUGUCUGUCUUAAUGGUCAACAUAUCUUCUUUAAUAUCACAACAUUUUCAAGAACAAUUGGUGAACAAAACAGAACUUCUUUUUGACACCAUGGAUUCUUCUGAGGUCGACUUUGCAAAAAGAAUAGUACAGUUUCUUCGAAAUGUUAGAUAUCGUUAUCAACCACUAUUAGAAAGGUGUAAUAAUGUAUUUUUAAGUAAUGUGGACCACCUCGAUUUGGAUUCCAUCAGUAAAAUACUUAGUCUACACAAAUUUCUACAGUUUAAUAGUUUUAAAUUUAUUAUGGUGGCUAAAAAGAAGCUAACUGAAAUGAUUCCUCUGCUUAAUCAUCCUGCUAGCUUUGUAAAAUUAUUUGUAGCAUUGGGACCCAUUGCAGGACCUGAAGAAAAGAAACAACUUAAAUCUACUAUGUUAUUGAUGGCAGAGGAGCUAACCGGCGAGCAAGCCCUGGCAGUGUUGGGAGCACUGGAAAAUAUGGAAAGCAGAAAUUCACAUCUGAUUAAAAGAGUUGCUUCAGUUCUGUAUAAACAUUUGGAUAACUAUAAACCAUUAGAGUUGUUGAAGAUAACUCAAGCAUUGACUUUUCUGCAUUUCCAAAGUAAGGAGUUUUUUGUGAAACUUGGAGAAUUACUGCUUAGUUAUUUGAAAAUUAGUUUCAUACCAACUGAGAUGUCCUUUCUGGUCUGUGCUAUUUCCAUGCUUCCUUCUCCUCACCUGGACGAAGUGGGGAUAUCCCGAAUUGAAGCAGUUUUACCACAAUGUGACCUAAAUAAGCUGACUAGUUUUUCUGCAUCUGUUUUAAGAUGGAUUCAGUAUGACCAGCUGCAUUUAGAUAGUAAUACUGGGAAACAACUGAAACUACUUCAAAAAUUAGAUCACUAUAGUCAUCAGAGACUACAGCACAUCAACAGUUUUGAUCUGUUAUGGAAGGAACUGAAAUCUCUCAAAGGAGACGUGUUUUCUGAGUCACUUAUUGAAGAAAUGAUUGCUGCUUUUCAGCGUUUCAGGGAUGAAAUUAAUUACAUAAAUGUUGCAGAGAUUGCGUAUUUUAUUUCUAAAACUAAUUACCUCAGUACUUUGCUACUUGAUAGGUUAGCCUCAGUGGCUGUUCAGCAGAUUGAAAAGAUCCAUCCUUUUACAAUUUUUGCUAUUAUUCUUCCAUUCAGCGUUUUGAAUUAUGAUCCACCUCAAAGGGAUGAAUUUUUAGAAACUUGCAUGCAACAUCUUAAGUCUUACUUAGGUAUGUUCGAUCCUCUUAUGUUAGUGUUUCUUGGUUUCUCUUUGGCCACACUUGAAUAUUUUCCAGAAGAUCUGCUAAAGGCAAUUUUUAACAUCAAAUUCUUAGCUAGAUUGGAUUCUCAACUUGAAGUUUUACCUUCAUCUCUAAGUACAAGAGUCCAGUUUCGUUUUAUGGAGUUAAAUAGAUCAGUCUGCUUGGAAUGCCCUGAGUUUCAGAUUCCAUGGUUUCAUGAUCGCUUCUGCCAACAAUAUAAUAAAGGUAUUGGUGGCAUGAAUAGAACACAACAGCAAAUUUAUAAAAUGUUAGCAGAGGUACUAGGAGGAAUCAAUUGUGUAAAAGCCUCGGUUCUUACGCCUUAUUACCACACAGUAGAUUUUGAGUGUGCCUUGGAUAAAAGAAAAAAACCUCUUCCUUAUGGAAGCCAUAAUAUAACAUUGGGACAACGACCAGAAAUGCCCUGGGAAUCAAAUACCGAAAUAGUUGGAUCAAGGCUGCCACCAGGAGCUGAAAGGAUUGCUUUGGAAUUUUUGGAUUCAAAAGCAUUUUGUAGAAAUAUUCCUCACAUAAAAGGAAAAUCUGCUAUGAAAAAACGACAUUUGGAAAUUUUGGGCUAUCGUGUAAUUCAGAUUUCUCAGUUUGAAUGGAACUCUAUGGCACUGUCAACAAAGGAUGCUAGGAUGGACUACCUGAGAGAACGUAUAUUUGGAGAAGUCAAAUCAUGAUUGUAGUUAUUUAAAAUGAAUGUUAUUAUGUGUCACAUUUGGACUUAUUUUAAUUAAGUGGCCUGACUCAAU